UCUUCUUCCCUUCUUUUAACAUUCCCUCCAAUGUCCCUUCAUGUAAAUAAACUCAAAACCUCUCUCUCUCUCUCUCUCUGAAAAGCCAUGGCUUUCUUCUUUUCCGCCGGAACUGUAACCCUCGCCGUUUUCGCCGCCGUGUUUCUCUCUCUUAACUGCAAGUCCCUCUCCUCGCCGCCGACGAUCCACGACGUGCUGCGGUCAAAGGGACUCCCGGCGGGGCUGUUGCCGGAGGAGGUGACGUCAUACGAAUUGUACGACGACGGGAGACUCGAAGUAUUCCUCGCAGCGCCGUGUCUGGCGAAAUUCGAGAACAGGGUGUUCUUCGACAGCGUAGUAAGAGCCAAUCUGAGUUACGGGAGUCUUGUCGGAGUCGAAGGUCUGUCUCAGGAAGAGCUGUUUCUAUGGCUUCCGGUGAAAGACAUCGUCGUACAAAACCCUAGAUCCGGUGUCAUAACCUUCGACAUCGGCGUUGCUUACAAGCAGCUCUCCCUCUCUCUCUUCGAAGUCCCACCAAAGUGUAGGCCUCAAGGGGUUCUGAAGAAAAACGUGACGAAAGAUAGAGGACUUGAGGCUGAUAGAUAAGAGAUAUAUUCAGAGAAGGGAAGAUUUUCAUCAUAUUCCUCCCGACCUUCAAAGCCCAUUUUGUUUUUAUUUUUCCUUUCAAUUAUCUGAGCAAUGUACUAAUCAGAAUCUAUUAGUCUGCUAAUUACAUGAUUAGAGUAUAUCGUUUAUUGUAUCUUAGAAGCUUUUUUUUAGUGUUAAUGUAAAGCUGGAACUCCCAAUGUCAUUAUAUAAAAUGGCUCUUCUUGUUUCAUGCUUUA